UUUGCCUGGGACUCAGCGUCUUACUUCCCCUUCCAAGCUGCUUCAUUAAAAUCCCCUGGGAAACAAAAAAAUUAAACAAGAAGCAAGAAAUAAAACAAGAUGCCAAGGAGCUUGCAGGCUGGAGGAGGAUCAGCUGCCAGUGUCUGAGGACAGCAAGACGAUCCUGCUGCCAGCUGACUCAGCCUGGACAACUUGGUGUGAGGCACUGGGCAAUACAGAAUGAAAAGAUGACCUGUGCUCCAAACAGCUGUCCAGUCUGAGACAAGAGAUGACAGAUGGAUCCAGACAGACUGAUGGAGAAGCGGGUACAGAAGGAAAUCAAGUGCCUGGCACCCUAGAUCUCUCUCUCUUCUUCCUGCCCAUUGGGCCAGGCUGAGUCCUUCCUCAGUGAUCAAGACAAGGACUGGUUAAACAGUAUUUCCAUUCUUCCCUGGCUCCAGAGGAAAAGCUGCUUGUGACACCCUGUUGGAGCCAGAGGAGAAGUCUGAGGCUUUUCAAACUUGCUGCAGUCAGUGCUGUGUGAUGUCUGGAACUGACUGUCCACAUCGUGAGCCAGAGCCCAGGGCUGAAUGCCUUCAGAUCUCACUGCCUAAGCAGAGCAGCUGCUGCCAAACCCAAAGUUGCGAGUAGUUCCCUUGUCCUUCUGAAAACUGAUUAUUGCCAAGAUGGAUGAAGAUAAAAAAGAGACACCUGUGGCCAAUGAAAAAAGGAAGUCUGUUUCAAAGCCAGUGUCUCCAGCAAAAAGCCCGGUGGAUGAAAAAGCUGAUUCUGGUUCUACAGUAAAUGACUUGCUCUUGAACAGUCAGGGGGAGAAGAAUGUAACAAGCCCUAUAAAGGAUUUUAAAAAUAUGUUAACCUUAACGAGAGACACUUUUGGCAGCUUGAGAAGGAGCAAACGCUUAUCACUGAGAGGAAGGAGCUCCAAAAGGAACGAAGAGGACCGCCACCUGAAAGCCCCCAGCAUGGAAGAGUGUGUGGAAGAGGCUGGAGCUGAGCCUGUUAAACAAGAACCUCUCUCAGUAAUGGAAAUAAAUGAACUUAUUCAGCAAAGGCAGCUUUUAAAGGCCUUUCAAAGCAUCAAGUAUUUGGAAGAUGAAAUUGUGACUGAAAUGGAUGGCAAGGAUUCUGAUGACAAGCCCACAGAAUUUUCCAGGAAAGUCAAAGAUGUGGAUUUGCUUUACAAUUCCAUUGCUAAUGAAAUCAAGUCUAUUGUGAAGAACACGCUGGAUCAUCCCAGUAUAGAGGAAAAGCUACUGACUUUGCUGGUGGAGCUAAUCGCUGAAGAAGAGAAAGCUCAUGGUAGGGCAGAGGGGACAGAAUCUCCUGAGCCACACUUCCUUGGCAUGCCCAGGAAGUGGAGAGAGGUGUGGAAGGACUCUGUCAAAGAGAGUGCAGAAGGGCGCGUCCUUCAGGUGCCCAUGACACCUGAGAAGGACAAGGAUUCUUGGCUUGCUGUCCAUUUAGGGUUCCUCAGAAAAAAUGUUAGGGAGGAUUUAUUGAAAAUCAAGUGCUCUGUACAAAAAUGCUACCCAGAGGACUAUAAAGUAUGUGACACGUACGUGGAGUGCUUCCAGAAUGCCAUUUCUUCACACCUGCAAGGGCUUUUGCAGAGACACUUGGAAUUCAAUGAACUUUACGCAUUGCUUGAUUGGGUUGCUAACAUGUACCGCAGGUUGGAAACAAUCCACGCUACUUCUCUUCCCCACUGGUCACUAUCUGAGCCUUGUGAAGCCCUUCUGGGUUACCCUGAUCUCCAACCAGAGGUAAAGACUGAAAAUCUGCCUCUGCUUUUACCACCAGCAACUUGGGAAAAACUGAAAAACGACUACACUGAUUCUUUAAAGGAGAAAAUAAAGCACUAUUUUGACAAUAUCCUGAAGCUGGAGAUCACAGAAAAAUGGGAGAAGGAACUUCAGCCAGAAGUGGUGCAAAACCAAUACAAUUCAUCUCUAUACUUUGAUAUUCAAAUGAUCAUUGCAGAACACAUGAAAACAUCAGGAAAAAUCUCCACAAGGCUGGGAACGGCAGUUCUUGAGAUCUGUUUGGUAGAUCUGAAGGAAUACAUCCCACGAUUUGUAAAGGUUUUUCUGGAGUGGGACAAAGAGAAAGAUUUCUCCUUGUUUCUGCCAUAUUUAGCAGCCUACAUCAACAGUUUCCACGAUCUGAUAACGGGCUUACAAACCAAUUUUGCUGCCGACACUAAGGAACUGGAAAAGAUUCUGGCUGAUGUGACAAUGAAUUUCAGAAAAUGUUUUUUAAAUAAAUUAGAAGUGAAAACACAGCCACUAUUUAAGAAAAUUCUGAGCAAAACCUGGGUAUCAAGCGAUGAAAUAUUGAACUCAAUACUGUCAACCACUGUCCAGUAUUCCCAAGAUUUAAACUAUUUGAGGCAGCCUACCAACAAGGAUUUUCUACGCGACGUUCACAGGUACUUGGUGAGAGAAUACAUUGCACAGGCCCUCAAACCAAGAAAAAAAAUGAACAGCUCCCAGCGGCAGAAAGUGAGCAAAAAAAUGAAAGAAGAAGCCACAGUUAUAACAGAAACACUCAGUGAUCUGGGCUCCGAUUCUGAUGAGCUUUCUCUUGCCAUAUCUGUCAUUGCUGAUAUCAUUUCUGAGAAGAAAAAAGAAAAAAUCCAGGCACACCUGGAGUCAAUGCGUCAGCGCCAUCGAGAUUUGAGGAACGAACAUAUUGUAGCUAUUCUCACCCUCCGAGGAUUUUGGAGGAAGACAAGAGAGAGCAUUAUUCGGCAUUUGGGCAAUCUCAAAGAAGAUGCAGAAAUCGAGACUGAUGAGGCACUCUUUGCUGAGAUUGAGGCUUCAACUAUUGUCAGCUGCCUUUAAAGACCAGCUAACCUACAGAAAUCCACUUCCCCAAUUCCUUCCAGGGCUUCACAUUCCUAAAGUAACUCCUGCUCCUAACUGCCCCUCCAAUGCAACAUUUUAUUUCAGGUGCACAACUGGACUCUCUGGCCCAGAAAGCAAACACAGUGGAGGAGCCAAUAAACUGGGACUACACAGAAAGGUUCUCCAAGCAAGACCUUUACUCUGUCUAAAAGGACAUGUCAGGCUGCACACUUGGGUUGAUCACUGGACGGCUGCUCUCUUUAUUGUACUGCUGAUAGUUAUGCUUUCCUGUUUGCGCAUUUGUUCAGAGGAUCUGAGAGGGCUGUGACAGAUUCACUGAGGUUGGGCUAAGGUUUGGGCUAUAUGCCUGUAUUGACACCCAGGAGAAAACAAGACCCCAGCCCCCACUCUAGAGCUGUGCCCAGUGCUGCCCUCACAUCAACAAGGGGCAGAGAGUGAGCAGGCAGGGCUGGAACUUGCCUCCAUGCCCUCCCUUACAGAUCAAACGCUGCAACAGAGUUGACAUGCCGGGGAGUGGGUCAUUAGCCUCUGUUCUAAAACUAAACUGCAAGUGCUUCCACUGCAAAAAGAUCACCAGGAGUGAAACGGACUUCAGCAGAUUUCAACCAUGGGUCCCCUUGGGCAUGGCCUGCCAUUUGUACAGAGGCCCAAGUCCUGUACUCUGUGGGAGGAAGUCUGACCGAAACCAGAGUUCCCCACUGCUGGAAACAAGUGUGCAGGUGCUCUUCAUGCCUUGGGCACAGCUGAGUAAAAUGAGAUGGGCUCAGGGCUGGACAUAUGGAGACAUGAGUGGGGCUAGUGGAUUCAGCACAGCUUGAACCCAGAGGUGGCUUUCAUUUACAUCUGAUCAGAAGGAAUUCACCCACAACCCUGGAGACUGCAGCCCUACAGCGUUGUCUAGAAGCAGUGUAAAAACUGGAAGUCCUGAGUAGUGAGCCAUAGUAGUGGGCCCUUCGACUCUCAGACUGCAUGCAGGGAUCAAGAUUUAGCCCAGAGCUCUCUCAUGGUGAAGCCAUAAGAGUCUAGCGAUAUCAGAGCAGAAGGUGGGAGUUCUUUUCAUGUUCCCUCUGCCCUUGCUCUUCCUGGAAACUCCUUUUAAUGAGGCCGUUACGAUCUGUCACUGAUGUUACGAAUGCAAGUGUGAGGCAGACACCAGCAGCAACUUGGCCCAGAUCCUUAGCUGAUGUAAAUCAGUGUAGCUUCAUUGACUUAAAUGGAAUGGUACUGUUGCCAGUGAUUCUCAACCAAGGUGUUGCAGCACCCUUCUGUGCCUUGAGAUGCUUUCAGGAUGCUGUGGGGGGCCACAUGAUGGUAGCGCUGCUAGGUGUGCAAACAGGAUUCACAUGAUAAACCCAUAGAUUUAAAAUAAUAAGCCAUUCGGUUAAAAACAUCCUGACCUGUUGUGCACUCACUGUGGCACCAGGCCUGCUGGCCCCCUUCCAUGCUGUGCCCCUGAGUGCCAAGUUGUUGGGUCUUCUGCUUCCUCAGGCUUGGCCCCUUUCUUAUAGCCUGGGCUACUAGCCAAGAUCCAUCCAUUGGGACCUGGAUUCAAAGUCCUGCAUCCAGCUCUGGGCCACUGACCCUAUACGGCUGCAGCCACUAGUGCACUGGGCCCUUUGUAUGAUUGCACCCCAAGGUGCUAAUGAGGGCUCCUCCUCCCCUACAGCCUCAACCACAAACCACCAGUUUACCAGUCAAUCACAAACUGUAAGCCCAUGGGUUAUAACCAAAAAAAUAAAGUUAAAGAAGGCAAUAUGCCAGUUCAUGUUUUUCCACGGCUCUGUGCUUCUGCUUCCCACCAUCUGCUAUGCUUCUUCCUGUGCUGAUGCUGCAGCUUCUUGGGGAGUCAUCAGGAGUUCACCCCUUCUGCUGCCGAGACCCCAUUUACCAGCUCAGCCCAGGGUUUUUAUAGUUCUGGCCUGCCCCCUUCUGGUCACCUGACUAUCUGGCAAGGCUCAGCUUUUAACUCCUACCCUGCCAGCAGGCUGUGCCCAGAAAGAUCUAGUGUUAAAGGGACCAGCCUGCUUUCUGGUAACAGGGCUAGGGUUCCCUGUUACAGAGCCCCAUAUAUUGAAAAAGACUUCAGGGAUAUUUUUCAGGAUUUAGCUAUUAGCUUGAUGUAUGUGGAUGAAGCAUUGCCUCAAUCAUUAUUUUUUUAGUAACUGAGUUUUUAAGUUUGAAGUAAAACUAGUGAUAAGCCUUAGUUCAUUUUUUAUCCAUGUGUCCACCUAGAUACAGUGAAGUACCUGAGGACAGUGGGUAUUAAUAAAAGGCUAAAGGCACUGCACAUGCCGAGCAGACAAGAAAUAAGUACACCUUCUUAUCUAAGUCAUUAGACACCAGGACAACUCAGAAAGAGAUGUGGUAAAUUCUCCAUCAUGUGAACUCUUGGAAACCAAGACUGGGUGCCUUCCUAAGGACAUGUUGUAGUUCAAUAACCAUAUGUGCAUAUAUUUCAGGAAUCUGUUGAGUGCCAUUUUAUAACUUGUAUCAUUCAGGAAAUAAAGAUAUAGGAGCAUUAUG